AACGCACAAAGUAGAUUUAAAAAUAAGUCAAGAAUGUUGAAGAGUUAUUGAGAAGAAGGCAUUAUAGUUUGAUGUUUAAGUGCAUCAGGUUAUACUAAAAACUGGAAAAAUUUAUAAAUUUCUGAAAGGAAUGUCAGUAAUAGUACCAAAAGCAUUUGAAACAACAGUCCCAAAAAUGAGCUAUUCAGAAAAGGAAAUUUCUCAAAGUUAUUUUAAAACAAAAUUGAAAUGGAUGAUGAUAAUUUCCAUUUUUAUUCUACAUUCACUAGCAUUGUAUUUUAUGUUUACUUUUCCGGCCUCUAAGUCAAUGAAAACUUUUGCAUUCCAAUUCGCUUAUGCUAUAAUGGGUGGUUUUGGAGUGACCGGUGGUGUACAUCGCCUCUGGACUCAUCGAGCUUAUAAAGCAAAAUGGCCACUUCGGUUAAUUCUUCUAGUUUGCUUUUAUACAUCAGGACAAAAUUCAUUAUACAAUUGGGUAAGGGAUCAUCGUGUUCAUCACAAAUAUUCAGAAACUGAUGCAGAUCCACAUAAUAGUAAUCGGGGUUUUUUCUUUUCGCACGUCGGUUGGCUUAUGAUGGAGAAACAUCCGGAAGUUAUAAGACGAGGAAAGCUAAUUGACAUGAGUGAUAUUUUAGCGGAUCCGAUUACGGCGUUUGGCGAAAAAUAUUUCCAGUUUUUCAAAUUUAUCCUCUCUUUUUUAAUACCAACAAUAAUACCAGUAUACUUUUGGAAUGAAGGAUGGUAUUAUGCAAUCACUUCGACAAUUAUACGUUAUGUUUAUUCUUUGAAUUCCACUUGGAGUGUCAAUAGUGCGGCUCAUAUUUUUGGCUAUAAACCUUAUGACAAGACGAUAGGUCCAUCUGAAAACUGGUUGGUUUCAUUUUUGGCUUUAGGAGAAGGUUGGCACAAUUAUCAUCAUGUCUUUCCGUACGAUUAUAAAUGCGCUGAAUUGGGAAACUAUGGUCUCAAUUGGACGACAUUUUUAAUUGAUAUGUUUGCGAAAAUCGGUUGGGCUUACGAUUUAAAACAACCAACUAAAGAUCUAGUGGAGACUGUGAGGGAAAAAAGAGGGAUUUCAAUAUCAAAAUUCUUAAACUGAUGAUAUUUGUACUAUGUACUGUAAAUUUUUGAAAUUCAACAACUAAUAAGAUUAUUAUUAAAAAACAUAAAGAGAUCGAUA